UAUAUUGACCUGGCAACAUUAUGUUGUUAUUAUAAUGUUGCUAGCUCUACGCUCAGUUCAGUUCAGUUCAGUUCAGUUGUUGCCUAAGCCCACAAGAGUUCAGAAGUCGCGUGCGUAACGCAAAGUCAAAGUCAAGCGCAAAAUUGAAAACCGGACUCGCAGCUUAUCAGACAAUGACGUAGUGAAUUAAAGGUUAUCAGUGCACUUGACCAAUAUUUGUUAUCGCUCUUUUUUCUUUUUGGGUGAUUCAAUUGAAAGUAUUAUUGUAUGCAAACAAGCUGUAAUCAGCAUAUAUAGCACAUACUAUAUCUCUCUCUGUGUGUUUGUUUGCAUGCUUAUUUUAAUUUCAUUUCAAAAGCGACAAGUUUCAUGCUCGUCAACUCAAUCAACGCAUCAACAGUUCGCAUUUGUGCCCCAGCGUGCGCGCAUUGCCUCAAGUAAAUUUUAUUAUUAUAAAUAAAAGUCAAGAUGUGGCAUUUUAAGCAGCUGCUGUUGUUCGCUCUAUGCCUGAGUUUGUCACAGUGCGGCAGCCAGGCUGAUUUAUCAUUUCUACUCGGCAAUAUCAGUUUAUUCAAUGUAAACUUUAAGUCGCCCACAUGGCUGGGCCGUUCAUUAGCCGUGGACUCGCAUUUGCGCAUUGAGCACGAUGUGGAUCCAAAUAUACAAGAGGAUUCGCAUUUGAAUACGUAUAGUCUCAUAAAGAAGUAUGGCUAUCCGGCGGAAAAUCAUACAGUUACGACAGAUGAUGGUUAUAUAUUAACGCUGCAUCGCAUUGCUAGACCAGGGGCUACACCAGUGCUGCUGGUGCAUGGACUGCUCGAUAGUUCCGCCACUUGGGUGAUGAUGGGUCCCAAUAAGGGCUUGGGUUACUUGCUAUAUGAGCAGGGCUAUGAUGUUUGGAUGGCAAAUGUGCGCGGCAAUACUUAUUCACGCAAGCAUAUUAAGUAUACGACGCAUCAUGCCAAGUUUUGGGACUUUACAUUUCACGAAAUGGGCGUGUAUGAUAUACCCAAGACUAUAGACUAUAUACUGGAGCAGACAAAUCAUAAACAGCUGCACUAUAUCGGACACUCGCAGGGCACUGUCGUAUUUUGGAUUAUGGGCAGCGAGCGUCCCGAGUAUAUGGAUAAGAUAAUGCUAAUGCAGGCGCUAGCACCUGUGGCUUAUAUGAAGCAUUGCAAGAGUCCUGUGGUGAAUUUCCUCGCAGAAUUUCACAUGUCGGUGAGCAUUGUGCUGAAGCUCAUUGGCGUGCAUGAGUUUUUGCCCAAGAAUGAAUUUAUAGUCAUGUUCAAUCAGCUGAUUUGCGAUGAGACAACGCUUACCAAGGAGAUUUGCUCGAAUGUUAUAUUCCUCACCACAGGCUUUGAUAAAUAUCAGCUGAAUGAAACAAUGCUGCCCGUUGUAGUGGGGCAUGCACCCGCUGGCGCUGCCACCAAGCAAAUGCAACACUUUGGCCAGCUGCGCAGAUCGGGCAGCUUCCGUCAGUUUGACUACGGCUGGCUACGCAAUCAUUGGCGCUACAAUAGCAUAACGCCGCCAGCUUAUAAGUUGAAGAAUGUCAAAGCCAAGGUCGCUUUGUAUUAUGCUCAGAACGAUUGGCUGGCUCAGCCCGCUGAUGUCGAAGCGCUGCGUGCAGAGCUGCCCAAUGUCAUCUCCGAGUAUAUGGUGGACUAUGAGGAGUUCAAUCAUCUGGACUUUAUUUGGGGUGUUGAUGCUCGCGUGCUGCUCUGGGAGCGCAUGUUGGAGAAUAUGCGAGCGCAUGGCAAUGAAAAUGCUAUCGAUACUUUAGAUUAACAUGCCCGAUGAGCUGAUUUAAUUGCUAAGCAUACUUACAGUAUAUUAACCUAUUUGUAAAUAUUUAUUUAAAUUCAUGGUAGCGAUUUAAAUUCAUUGAAGCGAUUUAUUUUUA